GAGGGCUUGGCCAGCAUGUGAGAAAGGGAGGGGAGAGUUUGAAAACAACCCAGCAGGCUCUAAGGAAGGAAGGCGGCUAGAAAGUGGCCUGCUCGCCUCCGUGCAAAGCAUUUCGCUCCAGGUGAUCGGCGGCGGGAGGGGUGGAAGCGCAGGAGGGGCCCGGGAGCUGCCGGCGGGUCCCCGCGCAGCGCGGUGGGCGCAGCGGAGGUCGGGGGCGCAGGCCUUGGAGGGAAAACAUAAGACUUUGCAUUUCACGGUCAGUUCUGUUAAGCAACUAUGGAAACAGAAAAGGAGCACAUUCAUAUUACCCCAACAGAACUUGAGAAUCUAAGCGAUGCUCCGUUUUCCGGUGAUGAAGAAAAUGGUGGGUCUGAGGAACGAAAGACUGAAAUCAAUGGAAAUUGGAUUCCUGCAACUUCAAUUACUGAAGCAAAAAUAAAUGCUAAAGCAAAGAGAAGGUUGAGAAAAAAUUCUUCUAGAGAUUCUGGGAGAGGAGACUCUGUUAGUGACAAUGGAGAGACACUGAAGAUUGGAGUUGUACCGACGAGCCCAAAGGGGAAACUCUUGGACAGGCGAUCCAGGUCUGGAAAGGGAAGAGGUCUACCAAAGAAAGGUGGAGCAGGUGGUAAAGGAGUUUGGGGAACACCAGGACAAGUGUAUGAUGUGGAAGAAGUAGAUAUUAAAGAUCCUAAUUAUGAUGAUGACCAGGAGAACUGUGUCUAUGAAACAGUAGUUUUACCUCUGGAUGAAAGAGCAUUUGAAAAAACUUUAACACCAAUUAUCCAGGAGUAUUUUGAACAUGGAGAUACUAAUGAAGUUUCGGAGAUGCUGAAGAAUUUAAACCUCGGUGAAAUGAAAUACAGUGUGCCAGUGCUGGCUGUUUCCUUGGCAUUAGAGGGGAAGGCUAGUCACAGGGAAAUGACAUCUAAGCUUAUUUCCGACCUGUGCGGGACAGUAGUAAGCAAAACUGAUGUGGAAAAAUCGUUUGAUAGAUUGCUUAAAGAACUACCUGAAUUGGUGUUGGAUUCUCCCAGGGCACCACAGUUGGUGGGACAGUUUAUUGCUAGAGCUGUUGGAGAUGGAGUUCUAAGCAGUACCUACAUAGAUGGCUACAAAGGCACAGUGGAUUGCAUCCAAGCUCGAGCUGCGCUGGACCGAGCUACUGUGUUGCUGAGCGUGACAAAGGGUGGAAAGCGUAUAGACAACAUGUGGGGGUCGGGAGGUGGCCAGCAGUCUGUGAAACACCUUGUUAAAGAGAUUGAUAUGUUGCUGAAAGAGUAUUUGCUUUCCGGAGAUGUACUGGAAGCUGAACGUUGCCUUCAGGAACUGGAAGUACCCCAUUUUCACCAUGAACUUGUAUAUGAAGCCGUUGUGAUGGUUUUGGAGUCAACUGGAGAAAAGACCUUUAAAAUGAUACUGGAUUUGUUGAAAUCUCUCUGGGGGUCUUCUGUCAUUACUAUGGACCAAAUGAAAAGAGGCUAUGAACGAGUUUACUGUGAAAUCCCAGAUAUUAACCUGGAUGUGCCACACUCCUAUUCUGUGCUUGAGCGGUUCGUAGAGGAAUGCUUUCAGGCUGGAAUAAUCUCCAAACCACUAAGAGAUCUGUGUCCUUCAAGGGGCAGAAAGCGGUUUGUGAGUGAAGGAGAUGGAGGUCGUCUUAAGCUAGAAAGCUACUGAAUGUGAGAACCAACUCCUGAAGCCUUAAAAGUUUAAAGGGAAAAACAGACAGGUAUCUAUAUAUAUAUACAAACACACAUGCUUUUUUGUGUGUAUGUAUAUAUGUAUACACAUAUAUAAUACACCAAAAUUUUAAGAGUUGCUUAGCACAGUUCAUAUUUUUUUAAAAGCACAUGUUUUGGGUACAAACUUUUUUUUUUAAAUAGUUUUAUAAAUUUCAGAAAGAAAACUUCUUUCUUGGGGCAUAUAGAAGAACAACUGACCACUCUGCUGUGGUGGUGCCUUUGAAAUAAGCUAUCUUUUUAAGUGCCAUAUCUUUAUGACCUAAUCAUUCCAUGUUUGCAUCGAUGUCUGACUGCCGCUUUUUCUUUCAAGGACAGUGUUGUCAUCAUAAAAAUCACUGGUUUAUAUAAAGCUUUAUAGAAGGGUCAAGUUAAGCUGCUGUGAUCCCAUUUCUAUUGCUGCUGAAGAAAUACUGUGCUUUGGGAGGAAAAAUAGUUAUUUCUUUAAAGAGCCCAAGAAAAUGGAGUUGGGUCAUAAGAUUAAUUCAUCCGUUCAAGGGGACAACAGUGGUUGAUUUUAGCCCCCAUGUACCAAACUCGUCUUUUUUUCUAUGUAACAGGAAAAUUCUGGUAAAACAUAUUAAAAAUAUUUUUUUGUGAA